UUCAGCGACACCUCGAAGCAGACUGUGGACGGAAUGCUGCGGUCACUUGCCUUCCAGUUGUACCGGACCACGGCUAAGUGUGCAAUGCAUUUAGACGCGUUGUACGGGACGCAUCACGACGGCCGCAACCAGCUGACUAGGGAGACGCUGCUGCACGUCGUUUGCAAGAUGCUCGCGAGCCACGAAAGGGUGGUCAUCAUCCUAGACGCCCUGGACGAAUCAACCACGAGGGGCGAACUCGUCUCCGGGAUUAAGGACAUUGCUUCUAGACUGGAAUCGAGGCACGUUCAGCUGAUCUGCACCAGUCGUCCUGAACCGGACUUUCGAUGCAGCAUGCCCGAGCUGAUGGGGGAGGGAAAUUGCUUGAAAUUAGAUAAGCACGCGGUGGACGGGGACAUUCGAUCCUAUGUCGCAGCACAGCUUGUGGAACGCCACGAGUUCCGAAGCAAGUAUCUGUCGCAGGGCCUCCUCAAACAGAUCCAAAGCAAAGUUGGGGACGGGGCCGAUGGCAUGUUCCGAUGGGCUUUCUGUCAGUUGGAAAGCCUUGCGCAGUGUCUUCAUGAGACGGCGGUGGAGCGAGCACUUGCAAGCCUGGCGCACGACCUUAACGAGACAUAUGGGCGAAUGCUUGAAGUCAUCCCGGCGGAGCUUAAACACGACGCACUUCGUCUUCUACAAUUCUUGGUGCACUCUAAGCGGCCACUUCGGCUGGCGGAGGCUGUGGAAGUACUAGCAACACAGAUCGAAGGGGAGAUCGCCGGCUUUAACGUCAGGAGUCGAUUGUUCCGCGAGACUGACGUGUUGAGGUACUGCCCAGGUUUGGUGGUCAUCGUCCACGCUGACGUCGACGAGCUUCAUCUCUCACAUUUUUCGGUCAAGGAGUACCUACUAGGUAUUCAGCAGAUCAAGCUGCCGAGUGCCAGCAUCACUAUUGCGAUGACCUGCCUAGCAUAUCUCGCGGACAUCGAAGGCAGCGACGCUGAGAUCAGGCAGCAGUUCCCGAUGGCGCGAUUCGCAGCACAGGUGUGGACUGGCUUUGCUGCUGCUGCCGAAACCGCUGGGAGUGUGUUGGAAGCGAGCGUAAGAUUCCUUCAAGGGGAGGCGACCUUUCAGAGAUGGUGCCGGCUAUACCAGCAGGAUACAUAUUGGGAUGAUAAUCCUGGACCUCCAAAAGGAUCGCGUUUGUACUACGCUUGCUUUGGGGGUCUAUCCGGAACUGCGACGUCGCUCCUGGAGCAGGGGGCAGAUAUUCAAGCGCCCGGUGGCUACUACGGCAACGCUCUACAGGCUGCCUCAGCUGGAGGCCACGCCGACACUGUCAAGCUGCUCCUAGAGAAGGGGGCGGACGUCAACGCGCAGGGUGGCCACUACGGCAACGCUCUGCAGGCUGCCUCAGAUGGAGGCCACGACGACAUUGUCAAGCUUCUCUUGGCCAACGGGGCGGACGUCAACGUCAAGGACGACGACUUUGGUCAAACACCCCUAUCCUUGCCUGACGAGCAUGGUUAUCCCCAGGAUGCCAAGCUCCCUUGCGGCAUGGACCAGGUCAAUGUCGAUAAUUAA